ACUUUCACCUCCUUAAUCCACUGGUAUAUCCAUUUUUAUUGGACCAACAAGCUUCUUUUUGGCCAGCUACGGUCUGGGAGUCCCAGCAUGACUGGUUUAUUUCCAACAUGAUUAUAUUCGAUUUCUCUUUUUCACUCCAAAAUCCAGAGUUCAGAGUUCUCUCCCUCAGUUUGAAAACCCAUUAUGAACUUGUCAUGAUUUUAUCUCCCACUUCCCUGAUUAGCCUCCCUGUCACUUUGAUUUCCUUCCAACCUUGUCACAUUUCUCUCUUGUCUUUUUUUCCUAAUUUGCCCUUUCUUGGAUAUCCACACAGGUAACUUUUUGACUGAGACAGUUAGGUGAGAUCCAGUCCCUGCUAAUGGAUUAGUUUUGCUUUGAAAAGGAGCAAGCCUCCUUCCACCCCACCCUCUCCUUCCCAGAAAACCUGCCUCAGUCUUCUCUGCUUAUUCAGGGGUAGACUUCUCUGGAAAUUGUUGCUCUGAAAAAGGUCCUGAAAAGACAGCUCCACACCCUCUGUAUCUAAUAAACCUAAAGGGAAUCUGUGUGCAAACCCAGUGUUCUUCAUUCAGUAUGCAUAUUUUCCCAUGGCCCAUGGUCAGCCUGCUCCUGUGUUGGCCAUGAGGUCUAAAAAUGAAUCAGACACAGUCCCUGCCCUCAACAGCUCACUGUAGUAAUGAAUGCCUUCCAUUUGCCAGGAACUCGAUAAGACACUUGCAAAUAAUAUCUCUAGUCUACACCAAAGAGAAAGCUUUAUUUGUAUUUACAGUGGAUGACACUGAGGCUGGGAGAGGGUAAAUACAUAGCUAAAGUCGCACAUCCGAGCAACUGGGUAGCGGAUCUGGGAUUCAAUCCCUAGGCUGAAUUGCUGUGGAAAGGCCUAGCUGGAAGGGUCAGGACAGGAGAACCUGAAAGGUCUUGGCCUGAGGAAUCACCCUUUCCUACCACAGAGAUAAGAUACCAGGAAGGCUCAGGAAUUCCAUGUCCUCCCUGUAGCCUCCCUCCAGAUGCCAGUUUCACAGCGCAUUCUGAACUGAGCGCAUCAGGCUUGGAGCUUGUGGCGAGCAGUCUGGGGAGCCCCGGCGUGGAGGAGGACACGCCGCCAUGCCUAAAGCCCAGUGUGCCUGGUUAGCACGAGGCCAUUCCCGGAGAGUGCUGGGCUCUUGCAGUGCGUGGGACAUGUCCGGACUCAGGGAGAUGGCCAGCCCUGUGAGGCUCACUGCUCCCCCCCAUGGGAUCGAGUCUCCCUCUGUGUGGGGUCUCAUCACAGGUUUUGUGUCUGCAGAUAAGGAAAAAGGGAAGGAAAAGCUGGAGGAAGACGAGGCCGCGGCAGCCAGCACCAUGGCCGUUUCAGCCUCCCUCAUGCCACCCAUCUGGGACAAGACCAUCCCAUAUGAUGGCGAGUCUUUCCACCUGGAGUACAUGGACCUGGACGAGUUCCUGCUGGAGAAUGGCAUCCCCGCCAGCCCCAGCCACCUGGCCCAGAACCUGCUGCUGCCUGUGGCCGAGCUGGAAGGGAAGGAGUCGGCCAGCUCUUCCGCAGCAUCCCCACCAUCCUCUUCCGCCGCCCUCUUUCAGCCCUCUGAAACCGUGUCCAGCACAGAAUCCUCCCUGGAAAAGGAAAGGGAGACACCCAGUCCCAUCGACCCCAACUGUGUGGAGGUGGAUGUGAACUUCAAUCCCGACCCUGCUGACCUGGUCCUCUCCAGUGUGCCAGGCGGGGAGCUCUUCAACCCUCGGAAGCACAAGUUUGCAGAGGAGGACCUGAAACCCCAGCCUAUGAUCAAAAAGGCCAAGAAGGUCUUUGUGCCUGAUGAGCAGAAGGAUGAGAAGUACUGGACAAGGCGCAAGAAGAACAACGUGGCGGCCAAGCGCUCCCGGGACGCCCGGCGCCUGAAGGAGAACCAGAUCACCAUCCGGGCGGCCUUCCUGGAGAAGGAGAACACAGCCCUGCGGACGGAGGUGGCUGAGCUACGCAAGGAGGUGGGCAAGUGCAAGACCAUCGUGUCCAAGUACGAGACCAAGUACGGGCCCUUGUAACGCCCCCGCCCGGGCCGCGCUGCCUACACCUCAGCCUCUGCCUGGGGCUCCCUGAGACCCCACACGCGUGUGGGGACUUAUGACUCGUCACGGGCGAAUGGCAGUGCACCUGCUCCAGGAGCAGUCAUGUUCCAGCUUCGUCAUCACAUGGCUAGCGCACGUGGCCACUUCCCUAGGGGGCCAGCUUCACCGGCGGGGCCGCAAGGGAAGCGACGUAGCGGGUGCAUCAGCCUUAGUUUCUAUUCUUGGAUGUCCCGGCUGAAUCAGAAGGGGACCUCUGGUGGAGCACCGAUCUCCUUUCCCAGGGCACUCAGGCUGCCCUGACUCUCCCGCAGUCUCCACCCUGGGCCGUGGAGGACUGUCUCCGCAGAAUGAGUCCGUCGUCGUCACGUCUUCUCAGGUAGCAGGGUGUGUUUCCAGGUGGACUGUGUCUGUGGCCCACCUCCCCCUCCCCCAAAAGUCUGAGAGAAACAUCCGUUUCCGUCUCCCUCAGAUGUUGAAAGACAUGCCAGCUCCUCUGUAAUGUCUGCCAUGGGUACCAGGCCACCAGAGCGGGGUCUCUGCACAACCCGAGAUGGGAUUUGGGUCCGGGGCCUGUAGCAGAAGUACACCCAACUGUUCUUAGUUCCCAUACCCCUUUACUCUUGUAGCUCUGAGGCCUGGAAGCCAGGAAGGGGCACUGGCAGUCGGCUGUCUGCAUUUUGUCUGCUGUGAAGGAGAGACUCCGGUUGGCUGGUCUCUGAGCCCUGAUCACAGUGCAGAGGGCGGCCUUUGCAUCUCCUCUUCUCCAGGUCACUUGUGGAUGCCACCUGGAUCUUGUUUGUCCCACUAGACUGGGCCUCUAGGCCUGUUUCUUUUCACCCAGUGACCAAUCUUAAAUCUUGGAUUUAAAAGGAAAACCCCCUUCGUCUAGGAAGCUUAACUUUCUGGACGCAGGAUGCACCUUCCACAUGGUGUUCAGAAAACCAGCCUCCAUAGCCCCUUGGGCUGCAGGCAGGGAGCCGGGCCAUGUGUCUCCAUUUCAUCUUGCUCUGCCCUCCGGAGUGGGCCAGGCCAGAGGGAAGCAGAAGAUGGCUUCCCGGUCCUUGUUUCAGGAUCCCUCCCCUGUGCAAGCUGCCUGGAGGGCACCUGCCGGGCAGGACACCUGGCCAUGGAUCACCAGGGUCGCAGCACAACUCCUGGAGUAGCAGGUUCUUGGGAUAUUUACACAUUAGGGUCCCUUCAAUCUGGGUCCCUAGAGAUGUGGGCCACCCACACAGGCCUGGCCGUGGUAUGUGGAGGGGUCCUUGCAGCUGUGGCUUCACUACCUCACAGCUGCUUUGUCUUGUGUCUGGCUGGACUGGUCCUUUAGCUCCUCCCGGGAGGUUGAUCGAGGAGUCUGUGGAACGCUCUGCCCAUUGUGGUCAGCCGGGGCACCUGCACGUAGGUGUAUUUAUUGGCUCAGGGCCAGGCAGCCUGUGGUUAAGGGGUCAGAAGUAACGGGCGCACUUUGUCAUGCUUACCACUGGCUUUAUUUAAAGUGGUAGCUCCAAGACCCGGGCUCUGACCACAAAAGACUUUUUAUAACAUGUUAAGACCCGGGGAAGCCAUCCACUGGCUGUGGAGCGCACCCCAGGGGAACGCCGUGGCCCUCCGGGGCCUGCACACCGCCUCUCCUGGGGACUUGACAAGGGUGCCUGAGGCCAAGGGAGGUCACUGCCUCCUUCCAGGCCCCUGACUUUUACUUUGUGGUUCUAUAAAAACCAUGUUCACACUUUUCACUCUAUUGUAACCACAACAGGGCAGUUGCAUCCGGCAUGUCAGUGUCCUGCCCUGGGCAGCUUGCCCGCCCGGGCACUCUCCCUCUGGUCUGGCUACCCACCAAGAGGGCAGUUCUCGUUUUGUUAUUGGUAGAAGAGCCUCCAGCUUAAAAGCUCUUCAUUUUCUUUGGCCAGAAAGUAUAUGGUUUUUGUUUUUUCCGUUUUUUAAAAGAAUGGAGACUUAAUCUCUGGAUGGCGUCCAUGUUCUAACCCUUGUGGGUGGGAUAAUGGCCUGACAUCUCUCCUCUUUGUCCCACCUCCUGCCUGUUCAGUGGCCCCCCCUUCUUCCCUUCAGGCAGUGGGCCUCCAGUUGCUUCCCAAAGUGCUUACUUGGAAAGAAUGUGGCUGCUGGCCUCUUCUAGAAGAGCCCCUUUGAGUUGGGAGCCUAGCAGGGACAGGGAGGAGAUAUCUGUGGAGGUUGACAUUUUGGGGAAAAGCAGUGCUCAGGGAAGUGUGUCUCCUUCCCAGGCCCAAGAGUCAAGUUCUUGCAGGAGAGGGUUGGUGCCUGCUAAUUUCCAUAAUGGAAUUGGGAGUCUCCUUGACUCUCUCCUGGCCCCUCUCUACCUUGGGACUGACAGCCAAAGACUGAGGCUCCUGUGCUCAAAUCUUUGACAUCCGAAAAGCACUGGAGGCCGGAGAAGCCAAAGUCAGUGGCUUUCCAAGGGUUUGUGAUAGACUGGGAAGCACUAUCCCUUCCUAAGCACCCUGUCUUCAGUUUCCCAGCAGCCUUGUUGUAACCUCAGAACAGACAAAUCAUGAAUGAGCUAGAAUGUUGCAAGAAUAUACAUAUAAUAAAUGUAUAUCUAGGUAUAGAAAUAUAUAUAUUUAGAGAGAGCUUUCACGAUGGCCAGCAGCUUUGUGGAAGACCUGGGUAACUCUUAACCCUUGGCCAAAGGAAGGGGUUUGCCUGUCUGGAUCCUGAGGUUGGAGAAUGCACUGAGCGGUGAACCUUGACUGGGUAAGCAUCACCCUGCUGAGGGGCUGCUGUGGCCUGGGACGGGCAGCUCCUGUAGUCCUCCAGCCUGAGGCGGGGUGUCAGGCAUGGGAGCCAGCACGGGGGGCCCCUUUGUGUUGGGCAGCUCACCACCCAGGGUCUUGGGAGCUCUGCUUCACAAAACACAAAGGGCCGAGAGCCCCUGGUUUUCAUGGCAAAGCCCCACCCCAGAGCUCCUUUAACAUCUGUUAAUUAAGUGCAAUAAAUUUUUCUAGAAAAUGGCAAAGAUGACUUCCAGGUGGAUAUUGCUGUCUUACGGUGUUGGGGAUGCCAGACCACCACUUGGUUUUAUUUUUCUAAGUGCAUGUGAUGUGAGAGUGUGUGGGGUCCGCGUCCUUCCCUGGGAGCCGGCAUUCCAGUGAGCCCCUUUUUCUUACUUUUGUUGGGGGAAGGAGGCAGGAAGAAAAUUCCUUCUUCCCAGCUGGUGAGGGCAGAAGCAGCCCGCAGCCUGUUGGCCUUACGUGUGUGAGUGUGUGUGUGUGUGUGUGCGCACGUGCACGCGUGCGAGUGUGUCACCGCUGGUGGGCAGGAGUGAUGUGGCGGGGAGGGAAGCUGGGAAUGUAACCUUUUAAAACAAAAUUAAAUAUUUUGAGACGAGAA